GGGGUUUGCAGGACUCUCCAUGGAGAAAGGUGGACUGGACAGAAGAGAACAGAAACGAUCUGAUGCAGUUUAUCACCUCCUACAAGCCCAGCUGUGAGUCUGUCCCCGAGGCCCGGGUUCUGCUGCUGGGGCCAGUCGGAGCAGGCAAGUCCAGUUUCAUCAGCUCCGUCCACUCCGUCUUCUCCGGGAGGGCCACUAACAGAGCCAUGGUCGGCUCGUCCUCCACAAGCUUCACGCAAAAGCUCCGAUCCUACACCAUUCGAGGGCGAGGAGAGAGUGCUGAUCAGCCCACCUCUCUGGUGUUCUGUGAUGCCAUGGGUCUGGGGGAGGGUGAGAUGAGUGGACUGACCCUCCAUGACACCCUGGCCAUAAUCAAGGGACACGCACCUGAUGGGCACAAGUUUAGCGCAGAGCAUCCGGUGUGGCCUGAGACAGUGGGCUAUGUGAAGAAGCCGUCUCAGAAAGAGAGGGUGCACUGUGUGGCCUUUGUGGUGGACGCCUCAAAAAUAGACUCCUACAGCAAGGGCAUGGGCAACACCUUCCGGCAGCUCCGAGAACACAUCAGUGACCUAGGUGUGCACCAGGUGGCACUUCUGACUCACGUGGACAAGGUGUGCCAGGAGGCGGCUCGUGACAUCACCAAGGUGUACAGAAGCCGGCUGCUGCAGCAUACGAUGGAAAAGGCCGGGGCUCUGCUGGGCAUGUGCACCUCCUACAUUGUGCCAGUGAAGAACUACUCCUGUGAGCUGGAUGUGGACGAGCACACAAACACGCUGCUGCUCAGCGCUGUCAGCCACAUCCUGCAGUAUGUGGACCUGUACUUCCAGGAUGUUGCAGAGAACAAAAGUCUGGCCGGCACUGGGCAGAUAGAGAUUAUUAAAUCCAUCAUGAGUGUCCUUUCAUCAAACCUUUCCAGCAAACAGGAGAAGCAAUUGUGUGCCCUGUUCGAGCAUAGCAGACUUCACCUGAUCUACAAGGCCAGUGUUCAUGGCUAUUCGGCAGCUAACUUUCACCAGAAAUGUGACCAUCAGGGUCCCACCAUCACUGUAGCCUACAACAAGGCAGGGUUUGUCUUUGGAGGGUACACAAGCAAAAACUAUGCCCAAACAGGACAGAAUGUCUAUGAUGACAAAGCCUUCUUAUUCAGCAUUCGUGACCGAAACAUCAUCCUUGUUCAAGCCACCGAUCCACAGUAUGCAUUCACAGAUGCAAACAACACAGGCCCGAAUUUUGCAGGGAAUCUGAUAUUUCUGUAUCAGAGCAGAGCUGCUGUGUACAGUAACCCAGGGAAUUACUACAACUUCAAUGCUGCGGAGAUGCAUGGCAAUGACUUACAGCUGACUGAAUGUGAGGUAUACAGAGUGGAGGAACAUGAUCUUCUGGACAAGCCAUGGAGGAAUAUUGAAUGGGACAGCGCCAUGAGGAAGGAGCUGGUGGACUCCAUCAAGAACUACAAGCCCAGCAUCAGCUCGGUGGACCAGGCCCGGGUGGUCCUCAUUGGUCCCAUUGGGGCUGGAAAGUCCAGUUUCUUCAACUCCAUCAACUCCAUCUUCCAGGGACAUGUCACCUGCCGGGCUAUGUGUGGCAGUGCUGGAACCAGCUUGACCACCCAGUUUCGUACCUACUCCAUUAAAGCAGGGAAAGAUGGCAAACCUCUGCCAAUAAUUCUCUGUGACACCAUGGGAUUGGAAGAGAACACAGGAGCAGGGCUUGAUGUGGAUGACAUCACCAGUAUUCUGAAAGGUCAUGUGCCAGACAGGUACCAGUUCAAUCCUUCAGGGCCGUUGCAGUCCAAGGACGAUCAAUUCCACAAGUCUGUGGAUUUGCAGGACAAGAUCCACUGUGUAGCGUAUGUGAUGGACUGCUGCAAAGUCACGCUCAUAUCUUCCAAGCUGGAGGAGAAACUUGCGGCUAUUCGCAAGAAGGUCAACCGGAUGGCCAUCCCCCAGCUGGUGCUUCUGACCAAAGUGGAUGAGGCUUGUUCUUGUGUGGCAGACAACAUAGAGAAUGUGUACCACUGUCAAUAUAUCGAAAGGAAGAUCCAAGAGGUGAGCGUUCGCCUGGGCAUCCCCGUGUCCUGCGUGGUCCCUGUGAAGAGCUACAGCCGCGAGCUGGAGCUGGAGCCGAGCUGCGACGUCCUGCUGCUGAGCGCUGUGCAGCAGAUGCUCCGCUUCGCAGACAACUACUUCGACGACAUCUGCGAGUAGGCAGAGCCGCCCGCACAAGCCCGCAGACCGCGGUGCUCUCCUCUCGUCGCUCCCUCUCUCCUUACCGAUAGCUUUUCCGUCAGUAACUGUGUAAUCGCCUAACGCUCACAUGCUUUUUUUUGUGUUUUCUUUUGCAUGAUUUCAAAAUGAUGCAUUUCAUAGACGCAAUACUGUACUUGUAGGUGAGGGCAUGCCAUUUCUUCUUAUUAUCAUGAAUAUUACAUUAGAUUUUAAUUUUUGGGGGAGGCAUUUUAACUCCAGUAGGAGUUGGUAAAACGUUUUUUGGACUGAUACAUUAGCAUCCAUUCAUAACAGCUGAAGAGUACGCCACAAAAAAAUGAGACAAAAAAAUACUUAAAUUGUCAUUUGUCACAGAUUCAGCUAUAACCAUAAAUAUCUAAACAUCAAAACCUUAUCA